UUCUAACACUUUGGGCUGGGACAAGCAGGCAGCAGCCGGCCGGCCACCCCCUACGCACAAAACGCACAGGGGUACCUGCCUGGGCUGCUUCAAACAUCUGUAACACAAGUUUUUACCUGGGUGCAGACGCGCUCAUGGCUCUCGCUUACACCUCCGUCACCCCUCUGGGCCUGUUUGCCCAUCCGUACCCUCCUCCUCUGCUGCCCAAGCCUGGCAAAGACAAUGUCCGGCUGCAGAAGCUCCUUAAGCGCACUGCCAAGAAGAAAGCCGCAGCGCAGGCCUCGCAAUCCGCUGCUCCCUUCCGUUCAAGCCUCUCUCCUGUGAAUGAAGCUAGCCCUGAUUUGGAACAUAGCGACCACUCCUCCACACCGCCCAGAACCCCAGAGACCCCUUACAGUUUCUACAGCCACCAACCGCCAAGAUUCUCAGUAAAACCAGUCAAGCCGUACCAACAUGUGGCAUCGCCCUAUCCCCAGCGCGCAGCAUAUGGUCGUGGGUUGUCCCCCCAAACUGUGGCGCCACCUAUGUACACUCAACCAGUUGGCACUUCUCCUUCAUACCCCAGUGUCCCUCCUGCUACACAGCCCGCCCCACAGCCACCAGUGCCCAAAAUAACACUACCCUCUUCCUCUGCACUGGAACCAGCAGCUGUGGAUGUGCGAAAACCAGCCUUCAUCACACUUCCUGCAACACCAAGGGCACCAAGUCCUGGCUUUUAUCCAACCGGCCUGGCAGAGACGCGGCCUCUCACUGUGCUUACCCCCAUUGUCAAGUCGAAAAGCCCUCGUCCGACUUUCAAAGCAAAUGAACAGUCAAAAUCGCCUAAGCCAUUGUUCGACGUCCCUCAAAUUAGGAAUUACACAGCAAGUACAUCCUACUAUGAGACAUCCAGGACCCCGCCUGUGUAUGAUACGACUGGGCUAACAUCUAUUGGAGGGACUGUGACGCAAUCUGUAACUGAAACCAAAAUAGAUACAACACCAUCGUCAGAGAUAAGAGCGAGGGGUACGCCAACAGCUAACUUGAGUUCCGACCAACAAAGAAGGACCCCUAAUAUGACAGGAGUGGUUUCAACUACUCAAGAAUCCCAAGUUCAGACUCCAGCUACUGAGGUGAAACGGGCAACACCAACAGCAGAUGUAAAGCGAGCCACUCCUACCUCUGAACCAAAACGCACCACUCCCACCACUGAAGUUACUGUGAAAACAACAACAUAUGAAUACCAAUCAUCACGUCUAUCACUGGCACGUCCCAGAACACCAUCUUACCGUCCGACCACUCCAGUUUUUGAAGUCUCAAGACCCAAUCCCCUACUUUUUGCGGUGUCGCCCAUUACAAUAGAACAAGAAAGAUCCAGAACACCUAAAUCGACUAUAAGCGAUAUCUCAGUGAAGUCUUCUGAAGUGAUACCGAAUGGGGACAUACAUCAAACCGAGCUACCAGAAGAAAAAACAGCUGAAGAUGGUACUGUACAGUCAAAAUCGGAGUCAGAUAUUUCUAGAGUGAAACCUACUACUCCAGUUGCUGACUUGCUUUCAACUGAGCCAUUGCCGACUUUACCCUCUCAAAGCAUUCAACGACCUAAGACUCCAACAUAUGAAGCGUCCCGCCUCUUGAGUUCUGCCCCGGGAUUCAAAAGACCAAAAACACCAACGUAUGGGACCUCUGUGACUGGGGCCUCUCCUGCAGGCUUUCAGAGACCCAAGACUCCAACACAGGUAGCUCAGAAAUCUCAGAAGUCUUCUUAUCGUGGACUGACGCCUGCUGAGUAUGCAGCCUAUGGAGGUAUCAAAACCUUCUCUCCAGCGUUUGGUAUCACAACAUCUUUGACAACUCAAGAAGAAACUAAAGUACAGGAAAAAGUAGAAACUACAAUGACUACUGAAAACUUUUCUGUAAAAGAGGAGGCAAUUGCUGAGGUGCCAAAACCAACUGAAACUAUAAAAGAGCUAGAUAAACCUAAGAUGAGUCCAUCUGUACCUACAAUUGUGGUAACUCAAGCAUCUGAGACAAUUGCAACCACAACUAUGCAGGAGAAAGUGUCUAGUCAAGUUGUAGAAAAGACAUCUGUUAUUAAAGAAACAAAAGUUGUGCCUCAAAAAGAACAGGAGAAACCUACUGAAAAAGUUGUAAAACCUGUUCAAGAAGUUACUAAAGUAAGUCCUGAAGUCAAGCCGGCUAAAAAGGAUGACCAAGCUGGACUAAAUGCAGUUAGAAAAUUGUUCGGAAAAGCUCCGUCAGCAGAGAAAAAAGCUGUUGCAGAAACAGCUAAAGAGGAUACAAAACCUCAAGUUAAAAGUGAAACUACAUCUGAAGAGACAAAGCCAACCGCUGUGCCUUUUAAAGCGGCCGCAGCAGAAUCAAAAAUAAGUGAGAAGAAAGAAGAAUCUACACCAGCUGCUCAACCAGAGAAAAAAGAAGAGGAUGGGGCUUUACAAGCUGAGCCUCUUCUUAAAGCUAUGCAAAAGCCGAAAGGCCUGAAAUCCAAAAUGAGCGGUUGGUCAAGACUAAAGAAGCACAUGGUUGUAGAGCAGGAGGAGCCCAAGUUUCCAGAAAUGGGUAUCCAAAAAGAGUCCACUGUUUUGGACAAAACUAGUGAGCCCGAAGCAGUUGAGGAGAAAGCUAAGGAUAAACCGGCAAGCGAGAGCCAAGCUGUAGACAGGGACAGCCCCAAAGCCACUAAGAUGUGGGAUGCCGUCCUCUUCCAGAUGUUUUCCACCAAGGAGAACAUCAUGGCGCAGAUCGAGAUGAACAAAAGCGAAGAGGAGAAAAAGCAGGAGAAAAAGGACGAGCCGGUCGAGAUCCCUUCGUUCGCACACCGGCUGCCCGUGCUACUUUUUAGCCCACGGUUUGAUGCUAAAAAGCUCAGGGAGGCGGCGUCCAGGCCAGUGACGAAAAUUUCCACUGUGUUUGAAAUGGGGUUGAUCGGUCGAAAAGGAAAAGACGAGGAACCAAAAGACUUUAACCGAACAGCAAGGGGAUUCGCUGCUUCUUAAGCUAAAUGUUUAAAGUGUAAAGGAAAUGCUAUUUAUGUAACGCUUCAGAAAAUACAGUUAUUGUUGUUGUACAGGUCCACCGUCUUAGUCUAUGUGAGUGUUGUUGUCGGCCUUCAUUUUUACCUGCAUUGUGUGAUUGGUUGUGUGGUAGAUUUUUCAUGUUUGUAGACAGAGUUGUAUGUGUCCUACAGUCAUUCAGACAUCACAUUGGAUUAAACAGUUUUGUUUAAAAUAUACUCAGAGCUUCUCAUUUGUUCCUUGUUUUUAACCAUUUCAUUCAUUUUUAUGUUUUUUCAUUGAGGCACUUGUCAUUGUGUGGGGAGAAAGUGGCAAUAUAUUGGAAGCAUCAAAAUAAGUAAGUGCAAAAGUUUAAGCAAAAGGGCCAAACAGUAACUUCAUAACACAUUACACAUAGCAAUUAUUUAAUUAACAAACUUUUUACUUUAUUUUGGGUUGGUUAUUUGUUCUGUUUCACACACAUUCACACACUCACACACACACACACACACACACACAACUAUCUCACUCAUUUAUUUUAAUUCUUCAUAAUGGUGCUAUUUGCCUCUUGGUGAGACACACAGGGUACAACUCUCAAGAUUCAUUCAUUAUAAUUGCUUAAUGUUGUACUGAUCUGUAUGCAUAGACAAGAUCAGAAGAAGAACAGAUUUAAUGGUGCAAUAUUUUUGUAUUCAUACUGUCAAUAUAUGAACAGUAAGGUUUAGAGAAGACUUUCUUUGACUUGAUGCUUGUUAAGAAUGUUAUUAGAAAUGGUGGGGGAAGUAGGUAGGCACAAAGAAGUAUUUUUUAGUUUGUGCAAAAUGUCAUCAUCAGACCAUUUUUGUGUUGCUAUUUGUCUGUCUCUGGAAGAGUAACUGUUUCAAAAUAAAAAGUAAAAAGUU